AUGUUAUCGAGUCCUUCUAGUAGAAAGCACACUGGCACAUUUCGUGGGCUUGGCGUCCUUUUAGCCAUUGCCCUGCUCAUAUCUUGUUGUAGCGCGACGACAGCUACUCUUGGCAUCGAUUGGGGCGAGGAAUUCGUCAAAGUCUCAAUCGCCUUUCGCGGACAUCGGCCGGAUAUCCUACUGACGAGUUCCGGAAGCCGAAAAUUUCAAAAUGUAGUCUAUUUAUCAGGAGAAACACGUCUGUUCGACAAGGAAGCCUCAGCUUAUGUCCUGAGGGAUCCCGCAAGGACGCUCCAAAAGUCUGCUCACAUACUCGGCGUGCCAUUCCAGGGGCUGUCGUUGAGCAAAUCCAACGCUGUAAAUCCCACAGAGGUUGUAGAAACGUUUAGAAAAAACGACAUCUCGUUCAACUGGGACUACACACCCUACGAGUUUGCGGUUGCCGAGGAUGGACAGCUGCAGCUCAAGCUUUUAAAGGAUGCAAACGUGAGUGUUGAGGAGGUGUACGCCCAUUUCUUCAAUCACAUCAAGGAUGUGGCCCUUGAGAAGCUACACAGCGUAAAGAUUAUAGAUUCGCUGGAUUCCAAGGCUGAACUUUUGGCGGUGAUUUCAGUCCCGUGCAACUAUACACAGAACCAGCGUAAAGCUAUUGCAUUUGCAGCUGAAAGUGCUGGUCUCAAGGUGGUCGAUUUGGUGCAUGGAAUAACCGCUGCAGCUCUGCUACACUCGCUCGAAAUGCAGCCUGGCACCAAGAAAGUUUUGUUCUAUGACAUGGGAAGUUCCGCUGCAAACGUAGGCGUAGUUGAGAUUUUUGUUCCUUCAACUGGCAAGGGGGCCGGAAGGAAGAAUCCGUACAUAAAGACACUCUCAUGUGUAACUGUCCCAGGAGUUGGUGGAAGGCAUCAUGAUCACCUGCUUUCUGAGCAUCUUAGAGAAGCCUUCGAGAAAGAACAUUCUCUUAAACUCAUGCCAGCAUACCCCAAGUCUGUUCAAAAGUUGGCCAGAGCAGUAAACAAAGCAAAGACGACUCUUUCCAUAAGCACGUCCACAAACAUGGAAGUAGAAAAUUUGGUACCUGAUAAAACGCUAAAGGCUGGAACAAUAACUAGGGAUCUAUUUGAUCAGCUGUUGCAACCAAUUGUGAACAAGCUUGACGAACCUGUGCCAAAGGCACUUGAGUUGGCGGGAGUAAAGAUGGAGGAAGUUGAUGCUGUGGAACUCAUUGGUGGAUCCUGGAGGGUGCCAGUUAUUCAGAAAAAGAUUGCUGAAACUGUGACACCGCAUCAACUCGGCUUCCAUCUCAACGCCGAAGAGUCUGUAGCAAUGGGUGCUGGAUACUUGGGUGCCGCGCACAACCCAUUUUUCAGAAUGAAAAAGGUGGAUAUUAUGGACAAUAGUGUGUUUGAUUAUGUACUUCACAUUGUGUCUGGCAAAGAUGCCAACAAGGCAAUUGAUAAAAAGGUGGUGCUUCACAGUCAUUCAUCUAAACUUUCUGCAACGAAAACCGUAAAGCUCAAGUCGCAUUUUGAUCUUGAAGUUGAGUUGUUUGAAGGAGGUGUCUCAAUUGCCCAUUACAAUGUCUCUGGGAUCGAGUCACUGCUAAAGGAUCACCCAGACAAGGUAGCAGAGGUUUCACUUGUUUUCAAGGCUAACCUGGGUAUUAUAAAGCUUGAUCAGACCUUUGCUGUUGUUGUGGAUGCAUCAUCUACGAGCGAAGAUGCUGUGGAAUCUGAUGAGGGCUCUGCCGAUGGAGCAGAUGCUGAUAAGGAGCAAGAGGUAAAGAAUGAUGCCCCAAAGACGGAGACGGAGGAGGCCCCCAAAGGUGAUGCAGUUCCUAAAGAGAAUGAGUCGACAGAGGGGCAAUCUGAGACAAAGGAUGCUUCUCAAGAAGCUCCCAAGGAUGGUCAAGCUGACAAGGCCGAACCAAGCAAUGGUCAGGAUGAGGCUAAACCAGAGAAAGGAGAAGAGACCAAAGAAACACCAAAAACCGACACAAAAGAAGCAGCUAAAAAGGAGGAAAAGAAAAACGUCCUCACCUUUUCAGUGACCCAGAGCCAAGUUUAUGGUAAUGCCAAGUUGGAGUCUUGCAGAGACGCUAUAGCAGAGUUGGUGAAGCGGGACAAGGCCCUUUAUGCAAGAUCAGACGCCAAGAAUCAACUCGAGUCUUUAAUUUACAAGUACAAGGGUAAGGUUAAUUCAAAGGACUUCAAGGAUGCCACUACUGAAGAUGUGCAUGCCAAGUUUUCUGCUAGAAUUGAAGAAUUGCUAACUUGGUUUGAUAUCAACUCUUCAUCGGCGUCUCUUGAGCAGUUUAACGAGAUUACCAAGGAGCUCAAUGAUGUUGCUACACCAAUCUUUGUACGCAUGGGUCAUAACUCUGAUCGGGAAUCGGUUAUAAAAUCCACCGACAGGGAGUUUGAUAAGCUUAAAAAGAAGUUUGAUGAGUUAAUUGCGGAACGACCAUACCUCUUGGAACAUCAGGGUAUAAUUAAUACCUUCAACAAUCUUGUAGAAUGGUGGGAGCAAGCUAAAAAGGACCAAGAAGCUAGGCCCCUUAACCAGGAUCCAGUCUUUACCUUUGAAACUGUAAAGCCCAAGAGAAGCGCUGCAAAACUUGCCCUCAAGACUAUAGAGGCUAUAAAACCAAAAGUCGUCGAACCCCCAAAGCCGGAGACGGAGGAGGCCCCCAAAGGUGAUGCAGUUCCUAAAGAGAAUGAGUCGACAGAGGGGCAAUCUGAGACAAAGGAUGCUUCUCAAGAAGCUCCCAAGGAUGGUCAAGCUGACAAGGCCGAACCAAGCAAUGGUCAGGAUGAGGCUAAACCAGAGAAAGGGGAAGAAAAUGUAAAGACAGAAUUAUAA